AAUCUCGUUUCUUAUUUUGUUUCAUUAUCUCUCUCAGAUCUAUUCUCUCUCUCAUUGCAUUCAUCGCAAACAAUCCGAAGAUGCAAUUGGCGCAUUAGAGCAGCUCGAUUAAGUUCCCAAUCGGCGGAAUUCGUCGGUGUUGUUCGCCACCGGCUUAUUUCGUAGCUCAAGGAGUCGGUUUUGUUGAUCAAUUCCGCACAAUCAAUGUGAGAUUAUUGCACGGCGCCAUUGUUCCCGCUUUCCCGCUUUUUCCGUUGCGCGUGGCGGAUCUAUAGAGUAUUGUGGAUUCAAUUGAGGUAGCUGGAGAGUGAGAAAGAGAAUCGGAGAUGGAGGGGGAGAAGAAAUCGUCAUCCGCGGUGUCGGAUAUGGGUGCGUGGGCGAUGAACGUUGUCAGCUCCGUCGGAAUCAUUAUGGCGAACAAGCAGCUCAUGUCAUCCAAUGGAUAUGCUUUUAAAUUCGCCACAACAUUGACUGGUUUCCACUUUGCUGUGACUGCGAUUGUUGGCAUGAUAUCAAAUGCGACGGGCUUGUCCACAUCAAAGCAUGUGCCAUUUUGGGAACUUCUUUGGUUCUCAGUUGUGGCUAAUAUGUCUAUCACAGGGAUGAAUUUGAGCCUCAUGCUGAACUCAGUUGGAUUUUACCAGAUUUCGAAACUGAGCAUGAUUCCAGUGGUCUGUAUAAUGGAAUGGAUGCUUCACAAUAAGCAGUAUUCAAGAGAAGUUAAACUGUCUGUGGUAAUUGUAGUUAUAGGUGUUGGUGUUUGCACUGUUACGGACGUAAAGGUGAAUGCCAAAGGAUUUCUGUGUGCUUGUGUUGCAGUUGUUUCAACAUCGUUACAGCAAAUUUCAAUAGGUUCUCUGCAGAAGAAGUACUCUAUUGGUUCCUUCGAAUUAUUGAGCAAAACAACUCCAAUCCAAGCUGGCUCUCUUCUUGUGCUGGGUCCCGUCGUUGACUUCUAUCUUUCGGGAAAUUUGAUUUUCGAUUAUAAUUUUGGUGGUGGAGUCAUCAUGUUCAUACUUCUGUCGUGUUCUCUGGCCGUGUUCUGCAACGUGAGCCAGUACUUGUGCAUCGGACGUUUUUCAGCUGUUUCCUUUCAAGUGUUGGGUCACAUGAAAACAGUGUGCGUCCUUAUUUUGGGAUGGGUGUUGUUCGACUCCCAACUGACUUUCAAGAACAUCAUGGGGAUGCUCGUAGCCGUGGUUGGCAUGAUAGUUUAUAGCUGGGCAAUGGAGCUCGAAAAGCAGGUGCAUGCCAAGACGCUACCCCAUGCCAAGAAUAGCUUGACCGAAGAGGAAUUCAGGUUGCUGGAGAGAAUAAACUCGGGUGCUGCUAAGGAUCCCGAGACUGGUGGGACGAAGACUGGAACGAAGGCAUAGCCAUCGGAGCUCGUUGUUGGAAUCAAGUCCCUACUAUCUUAGUUUGUGUAGGGUGUCGUGGAAUCCCAUUUUUACUGUUUAUGCAAGACGCUAUUCAUUUGUUAGACCACAUAUAUGAUUCAGGAAAUUCGAGGUUAGGUAAGUUCAUUGAUGAAGAGGGGAGAAUUUAUUUGUUUUGGUUUUCCAUAAUUUGUGGAGGUUUGAAUGGAAUCGAGAAUUUCUCAA